AUGGGACCUGAAAGCUGCUUGCUCCUGGCUCUUCUUUGCUGGGUGGCGGGUGAAGUGGCUGCCUACCCUCCCUGGGACUUCUCCUGGGGUGACACAGCAAGCCGGGGGGCACGGGCAGACCCCCAUGCCUGGUCCUGGAUGGAGGACCCCCAUUCUCAUGCUGUCUCCAGCCAGCAACCGGUCAGCGUGGAGUGCCAGGAGGCUCAGCUGGUGGUGACGGUGCACCGGGACCUCUUUGGCACCGGCCGCUUGGUCAACGCAGCUGACCUGACGCUGGGGCCAGCGGCCUGCAAGCAUUCCUUGCUGAACCCUGCCCUCAACACCGUCACCUUCACCGCCGGCCUCCAUGAGUGUGGCAGCAUCGUGCAGAUCACGCCGGACUCCCUCAUCUACCGCACCCUCCUCAACUACGACCCCAGCCCUGCCAGCAACCCCGUCAUCAUCCGUAACAACCCCGCUGUCAUCCCCAUCGAGUGCCACUACCCCAGGAGGGAGAACGUGAGCAGCAGUGCCAUCCGCCCCACCUGGGCGCCCUUCAGCUCCACGCUGUCAGCCGAGGAGAGGCUGGUCUUCUCCCUGCGCCUCAUGAACGAGGACUGGAGCGCCGAGAGACCCUUCACCGGUUUCCAACUGGGUGACAUCCUCAACAUCCAAGCAGAGGUGGCCACCGAGAGCCACGUGCCGCUGCGCCUGUUCGUGGACAGCUGCGUGGCCGCCCUCAGCCCCGGCGCCGACUCCUCGCCCCACUACACCAUCAUCGACUUCAACGGGUGCCUGGUUGAUGGGAGAUCAGAUGACACCAGCUCUGCCUUCAUCACCCCCCGGCCGCGGGAGGAUGUGCUGCGCUUCAGGAUUGAUGUGUUCAGAUUCGCGGGGGACGCCAGGAACUUGUACAUCACCUGCCACCUGAAGGUGACCCCAGUGGACCAAGCCCCAGAUCCCCUGAACAAGGCUUGCUCCUUCAACAAAGCCAGGAACACCUGGGCACCCGUGGAAGGCACCCGGGACAUCUGUAGCUGCUGCGCGAUGGGAAAAUGCGAGCCC